AGAGAAACGGCCGAUUAUAGGAGGAAUAGAGGCGGCCGAGCGGGUGGGGAAGAUUCACAAACACCCAGUGGAGGCCUCAAGCCCCAAAGGAAACUCCCGGUCCCGCGGUCACACCGAGCGGGGCAGCGGCUGUUUAUCGGGUCUUAGAAAGGAAGGAUUUGGAGAUGUGCACUGAAACUAGACAUCUUGGCUGAGUUAAUUGGUUUUCCAGAACCUGAAUACCAUCGACCUUUGAAGCUGGAAGGGAAAAUGUUCGUCUGUUUUGUCUCCAAUAAAAUAAUUGAAAUAUAAAUGUGACUGGACAAGUAUCAGGACACAGAUAACUGAGUGAGAGUGUUUCAGCGCACUGACUGUGGAAGGAGCUUUAACCAGUUACACAGCCUGGACAAACAUCACGCCAUUCACAGCAGAGAGAAACUGUCAUCUGUUCUGUGUGUGGACAAGGUUCCAAUUGAUCGGCUCAAUGUAGAAACACAAAGACAUUGGCACCAUGGAAAAACGUUGGAAAUGUGAGGACUGUGGUAAAGGAUUCAUUUAUCCAUCCCAGCUGGAAUACCAUCGACGCAGUCACACGGGGGAGAUGCCAUUCACCUGCUCCAAGUGUGGGAAGGGAUUCACUCAGAAAACCUCCCUGAUGUUACACCAGAGAAUUCACACUGAGGAGAGGCCCUUCAGCUGCACUUACUGUGGGAAGAGGUUCAGGUAUUCAUCCACCCUCACUACACACCAGCGAGUUCACACUGGGGAGCGACCGUUCAACUGCUCCAUGUGUGGGAAGGGAUUCACUCAGUCAGCCAUCCUGCUGAAUCACCAGCGCAUUCACACUGGGGAAAAGCCGUUCACCUGCUCUGUGUGUGGGGAAGGUUUCACUCGGUCAUCCAGUCUUUGGUCACAUCAGCAAAUUCAUACUGAGGAGAAGCCUUUCAGCUGCACCUCUUGUGCAAAGAGUUUCGGGCAUUCAUCCACACUCGCUGUACACCAACGUACUCACACUGGGGAGAGACCGUUCAUCUGUUCUGUGUGUGGGAAGGGAUUCACUCAGUCAUUUGACCUGGUUAGACACCAGCGGCUUCACACUGGGGAGAGACCAUUCACCUGCUCUGUUUGUGGGAAGGGAUUUGCUCGAUUAUUCAGCCUCCAGUUACACCAACGAAUUCAUACUGAGGAGAGUCCAUUCAGGUGCAGUACCUGUGGAAAGAGUUUCAGACAGUCAUCUGUCCUCAUUGAACACCAGCGAAUUCACACUGAGGAGAAGCCGUUCAGCUGCACUUCCUGUGGAAAGAGAUUCAGACAUUCUUCUGCCCUCACUGUACACCAGCGCACUCACACUGGGGAGAGGCCGUUCACCUGCUCUGUGUGUGGGAAAAAAAUUGCUCAGUCAUUUGAUCUGGUGAGACACCAGCGAAUUCACACUGGGGAGAGACCGUUCACCUGCUCCGUGUGUGGGAAGGGAUUUGCUCGGUUAUCCAGCCUUCAGUCACACCAGCGAAUUCACACUGAGAAGAGCCCAUUCAGCUGAAAUAUCUGUGGAAAGUUUCAGACAGUCAUCUAAGCUGACUGUACUCCAGCGAAUUCACAUUGAGGAGAGACCAUUCACCUGCUCUGUGUGUGGAAAGGGAUUCAUAAGGUCCUCCAACCUGCAGACUCACCUGUAAAUUCAUAAAUGACUGCAGGGUUGGAUUCUGCGGUUACUGCUGGUGUUAAUCACGUCCAGGAUUGAUAGUCUGACAAUAAUUAGGUUUGUUCCUGCUGAUGUUAACAGCUGUUUAACUGGCUGGAGUUUAAUAUUCUGGAGCUGUCACUGAUUUUCUGGACUGCAGUGCCCCUUUUUAAAAGCACCAUCUGUGAUCCUACCCCUUAAUUCAAGAGCUCUCAACCGGAACUAAAUUACAGCAAAAUUAGGAACUAUUACUUCAAUCCUAAAUUGAUCUUUGGUACGAACUCUACAAUUCAGUGUCUGAGAGGUUCCACUGAUUAACAUCUUCAAUUAGAAAGUGCUGAUUAAUCCUUGCUGACAAUUCUGACUCACUUGCACAUUACUCACAGUGACACCUCUGUUAUGUAAUUAAAUUAUCAAGGAAGAUAAACAAAAUAAUGAAGUAUUUUAUAGGCUCAUCAAUGAAUGCUUCAUCAGUCAAUGUUGAUAUUGAUGUAUCUUGGAAGUGGCUGAGUUCAAUCAUUUCUGACACAGCAACAGCAACAUUUGGGAAAGGUGGAACCACAACAAAAACUGGUUUGAGACCUACUCAGCAGAGAUGAAUCUGUCAUUGAAGCAAAAAGCAAAGCCUACCCGAUUACAACACAAACCCAACAGCUAGAGCACAGUGUAACUUGAAAGUAGCUGAGACAGUUGUGUAAAAGACAGGGAGAUACUGUGUAAAUAAACACUGGAUCGCCCAUGUCAAGAAAUCCAAACUGCCUGUGACAAUGGAAAUCUGCGUGCUGUGUAUGAUGGGAUCAGGUGGGCGCUUGGUCUGACCAUCACCAAAGUUACCCCCUGAAAUCAGCAGAUGGUGAAGUUCUCACUGACAGAAGUAAACAGAUGUCUUGCUGGGUUGAACUGAACUAUGAGCUGUACUCUCAUGAGACAGACUCUUCCCAGUCCCUGCAGCUUCCUGUCAUGGUUUGAAUUGGAUGAGGACCCUCAUCAUUUGAACUCAAAAAGGCCAUUAAUUGUUUAGCAAGCAGAAAGACACCCAGCAAGGAUGGAAUUCCAGCUGAAUUGCUCAAGCCCAGAAAGUCCCAUCUAAUAUCACAGCUUCAUGACCACCUCCUUCUCUGUUGGGAUGUAGGAUCCUUUCCACACGACACGUGUGUGAUUGAAGAAUGAUCACAUUAUACAAAAAGAAAGGUGACAGAGGAGAUUGCAACAACUACAGGGACAUCUCACUCGUCAGCAUCACAGGGAC